AUGAUGUUCAAUCUGUGGCUAGUUGACUGGGUCAAGUUCUGCAUUCAGCACUGCCCCGGCGGCGAGCGGGUUUGGCCCCGAAGUGAGGAAGUGGAGGGAAGAAGGGAACAACCAGAACACCAAGCAAUCGUCGCUGGUUCGGACAAAUCAAGGACCUCGGCGACCGAUAACAGGGGUCUUGUGAAGGACAUCAAUGAGCGGCUGGACGAACUCCAGCGUCUACUGAACAUCACCUGCGAAAUGGACGCACGGACCCGUCGUCUUGAACAGGUUGCGCGGCGGCUUACUAAAAUCCAGCGUCGCGAGGACGCGCAUGCCCGCGGGCUCGAUGAAGCUCUGAAGCAGGUGACUGAACUCCGGCGUCGCGAGGACACGCGGUCCCGUCGGCUUGAUGAAGCUCUGAAGCAACUGGCUGAAUAUUGUCCCGAGUUGCGUAAAGAGCCGGCUACAUGCUGCUCAUCGGUGGCUUGCGAUGAAGUUGAGACAAAUUCAUUCCGGCCACCCUAUCCGUCCUCGACCACGAUUUUGACGAAUGCUGCCAGCGCAACAGGCCAUGUCCCGGAGAAUUCCCGACCGCCCUGUCGUCACCGCCAGUCCUGGGUUGCGGAUUCUCUCGCCGGCCUCGCAUCUGCCCGUCAUCAUUCGGCGCAAUAA